AUGAGCAUUCCCCAGGAAAGGGAUGACAUAUUUUUGGAUUUGAAACAGAAAUUCUGGAAUACAUAUAAAAGUGGUCUGAUGUGUUGGCCUUUUGUACAGAUGACCAACCUCAGCCUUGCCUCUGUUCACUGGAGGACAGCCUAUACUGGACUCUGUGUCUUCCUCUGGGCCACCAUCCUGUGCUAUUACAGCAGUGGUGACCUCACACUGAAGUCAGUAUUCAUCUUCCUUCCCAGAAAGGAGGCCAAGGUGGUGGAAAGUGGGAAGUCCAGGACUGCACCCUAA